GAUGCUGCAGUGCAGUCGCCGCGCAACACCUGUCCUUCUCAGACUUUGGCCACAAACACGUAGACUGCAACGAACGAACAAGCAACACUCACUGCGCGAGCAGCAGCUAUAUUAAGCCAUGCCAUCACUGGUGAUCGCUGCUCCUUUUGCCACCCAUCAGCCCUGGCCCUACCGCAUGCAGACCUUGAUUUGGCAUGAAAGGAGGAGGCGCCAUUGUCACGCACUCCGCCGCCGGCAAGCAGGUGCCCAAGUCCAGGACUUCCUUCUUCCUCUACACCCUCCUCCUCUACAUACUCCUGCCCGUUCUGGUGCUGUACGUGGUCGCGCUUGCCGUGUCCCCGUUCUACUCCCUCCCGUGCCCGCCCGACAGCAGCGCCGCCAAUGCCGUUGCUCGUCUCGCGGCCGCGGCGGAUGGCAAGAAGAAUAAUCACAGCUCUUCCUCGACCACGUUGAUGGUUUCGCCGCCGGUGGCGCGGUCGAAGCCCAAGCCGUCCGCGGACGCCGCGCCCACCGGGCUGCGCCACAUUGUGUUCGGCAUUGGCGCGUCGUCGUCGCUGUGGAAGAGCCGGAGAGAGUACAUCAGAGUGUGGUGGCGUCCGGGGCAGAUGCGCGGGUUCGUGUGGCUGGACAAGCCAGUGGAGGAGUUCUACUCCAGGAAUGCCUCCACGGGGCUGCCCGGCAUCAAGAUCAGCGCGGAUACGUCCAAGUUUCCCUACACGCACGGCGCCGGCAGUCGCUCGGCGCUGCGGAUCUCGCGCAUCGUCUCGGAGAGCUUCCGGCUGGGUCUCCCCGGCGUCCGGUGGUUCGUCAUGGGCGACGACGACACCGUGUUCUUCCCGGACAACCUGGUGGACGUGCUGUCGCGGUACGACCACACGCAACCUUACUACAUCGGGAACCCCUCGGAGAGUCACAUCCAGAACCUCAUCUUCUCCUACGGCAUGGCCUUCGGCGGCGGCGGGUUCGCCAUCAGCCGCGCACUGGCCGAGCAGCUGGCGGGCAUGCAGGACGGUUGCAUCCACCGGUACCCCGCGCUGUACGGCAGCGACGACCGCAUCCACGCGUGCAUGUCGGAGCUGGGCGUGCCGCUGGCACGCCACCUCGGGUUCCACCAGUGCGACCUGUGGGGCGACGUGCUUGGCCUCCUGGGCGCGCACCCCGUGACGCCGCUGGUGACGCUGCACCACUUCGACUUUUUGCAGCCCGUGUUCCCGACUGUGAAGUCGCGGACGCGGGCGCUGCGGCGGCUGUUCGCGGGGCCCGUGGCGCUGGACUCGGCGGCCGUGGCGCAGCAGUCGGUGUGCUACGACGGCGACAAGGAGUGGACGGUGUCGGUGUCGUGGGGGUUCGCAGUGGUGGUGAUCCGCGGGGUGCUGUCGCCGCGGGAGAUGGAGACGCCGAUGCGGACGUUCCUCAACUGGUACCGGCGCGCCGACUACACGGCGUACGCGUUCAACACGCGGCCCGUGGCGCGGCAGCCGUGCCAGAAGCCGCAGGUGUACUACAUGCGGCAGUCGCGGCUGGACCGGCGGCGCAACACGACGGUGACCGAGUACGAGCGAAACAGCAUGGCGCCCACGGCGUGCCGGUGGCGCAUCCCCGACCCCGCCGCGCUGCUGGAUCGCAUCGUCGUGCUCAAGAAGCCCGACCCCGACCUCUGGAAACGGUCUCCGAGGAGGAAUUGCUGCAGGGUGGUGUCGUCGCCGAGGAGCGGGAAGGGCCGGACGAUGACCGUCGACGUGGGUGUCUGCAGAGACGGCGAGUUCGCCAGAGUUUAG